UAUGGUGUCUUUUUUAACUUAUUGGAGCGUAAAGUUUGGCGUUAUAAUCAGGAUUCGAAAAGGUCCUAUAGGUGGGUAUAUAGGAAUCUUCAGCCCUUUGCUGAUGCUAUUAAGUUAUUUUGUAGGGAACAAACUUAUCCUAUGAUGUCUAAUUAUUUAAUUUAUUUUUUUUUGUCCAUUGCUGAAACGAAUCGUACUCCUUUUGAUUUUUCUGAAGGUGAGUCUGAGUUGGUAUCGGGUUUUAGUGUUGAGUAUAGAAGAGGUGGAUUUGCAUUAAUUUUUAUUGCUGAAUAUUCAAGAAUUUUGUUUAUGAGAAUAUUAACUAUUUUAAUUUUUUUGGGUGGGAUUUAUUUUCUUUAUUAUUUUAUUUUAUAUUGGUUUUUAUAUCAUUUGUUUUUAUUUGGAUUCGAGAUAGUAAUGGUAGAUAUUACGAAAUUAAUAAUUAUGGUUUUAGCAGUGUUAAUAUUUUGUUAUUUUAGUGGUAUUUGGAUUUAUUGUUCUAAGCGGAAGCAUAUAUUAAUUAUUUUGUUAAGUUUAGAAUAUAUGGUAUUAUUUACUUUUUUAUUAAUAUUUUUGUUGGGAGAAUUUCAGAAUGAGUUGUAUUUUUCAAUAAUUUAUUUGGUAUUUGCGGUUUGUGAAGGUUCUUUAGGACUUGGUAUUUUAAUUCUUUUAUGGUAUUACGAUGUUAAAAUUUAUUAUAAUAUUCUUGUUUAUGAUUCCUCUUUUUUUAAAAUGGAAUAUUUUGAUGAAUGGUUCAGUUUAUAUUUUUUGAUAUAUCUGUUAAAUUUGAAUGGAAAUAUUGAAGGUUUAAGUUAUAUACUACGAUAUGAUUUAUUAUCUUAUGGAUGGGGUUACCAGCCCGAACGUGUUCAGGCUGGUAUUUAUUUAUUUUAUACAUUGUUAGCUUCUUUACCUUUAUUAAUUGGUUUAUUAAAAUUUUAUAUAGUGAAUGGAACUUUAUAUUUAUAUGGAUUUUGGGGUGAUGAGGCUCAUGUUGAGGCUCCUAUUUCUGGUUCUAUAGUGUUGGCAGGGUUGGUAUGUUUACGUCAGGUGGAUUUGAAAUCAUUAAUUGCUUAUUCAUCUGUUGUACAUAUAGGAAUAGUUUUAGGUGGUUUAAUGACUCUAAAUUCUUGA